ACGGUCUACAGACGAGGUGCACGACGUUGGAAGAAAUUUUAUCAUGUGAACGGGCAUCGUUUUCAAGCGAAACGUUUCAAUCGUCGUAUGCAAUGUUUCUAUUGUAACGAUUACAUUUGGGGUCUUGGUAGGCAAGGAUAUCGUUGUGCCGAUUGUAAGCUGUGUGUGCACAAGAAAUGCCAUCGAGCCGUCAGAAGACCGUGUGGAGAUGUUCGUUUUUGCAUUUGA